GCUCCGCCGCUUCAGGAGAACAGUUUCGGCCUGUUCCGCGACCGCUCGGUCAUUUUCGCCUCUUUGUUUUACUGAUAGUGGAUUUAACUCGGAUUCAACCCAACAUCCAGCGGACUGUGCUGCUCCCGAACAGGCUUUGAUUAGAGGCUCUCCACGAUGAGCAGCUAACACCGACCGCCGCACAACCACAGGAAGAGACGUGGCUGCUGCACCACCCACAGUCGACGCAUGGCGGUAUUAGGGAACCCCGACAUGCUGACGAGGAAGAUAAAGCUGUGUCACAUCAACGCCCACAUCACAUGCCGUCUGUGUGAGGGCUACCUGAUCGACGCCACCACCGUCACCGAGUGCUUACACACUUUCUGCAGAAGCUGCCUUGUGAAGUAUCUGGAGGAAAACAACACGUGCCCCACGUGUAGGAUUGUUAUUCAUCAGAGUCAUCCACUGCAGUAUAUCGGCCAUGACAGAACAAUGCAAGACAUUGUCUAUAAGUUGGUGCCGGGACUACAAGAGGGUAAGUAUAAGAAACAGAGAGACUUCUAUCAGAAGUUGGGGAUGGAGGUGCCCGGGGACAUUAAAGGAGAGCUCUGCAACAUGAAGACUCAUCUAGAUCAACGUAACGGUGAUGCCAAAGCCGACGACACGGCCAAUAAGGAGGCAGGAGAGGAGAAACCAGAAGAGGACAACGACUAUCACCGCAGUGAUGAGCAGGUCAGCAUCUGCUUGGAGUGCAACAGCAGCAAGCUUCGCGGUCUGAAGCGCAAGUGGAUCCGCUGUUCGGCACAAGCCACGGUCCUUCACCUCAAGAAGUUCAUCGCCAAAAAGCUUAACCUGACAUCAUUUAACGAGCUGGACAUUUUAUGCAGAGAAAUCUUGGGGAAGGACCACACUUAAUUUGUUGUUGUUACAAGAUGGAGAUUUAAGGUAUACGGGCACUCUAACCAACUGUGA